AUGGAUCAUUCAUUCAGUGGAGGAGGAGGAGGGAGCUGGACAAUGAUUCCCAACUUGCCAACACACAGUAGCUCCCCUGCACACUCAAAUCAAGAUCAGUUUUACCUCCCUCAACAACAACAACAACAAUUUACUCAGUUUCAACAGCAGCCGCAGUUUAACCAACAGCAACAACAAUUUCAACAGCAGCAGCACCACCACCACCAAUAUCAGCAGCAACAGCGUUUUAUUCAACAACAGCAACAGCAGAACCAUCAACACCAAUCAUUGGCCUCACACUUCCAUAUCUUACAUUUGGUGGAGAAUUUAGCUGAUGCUAUUGAGAAUGGAAAUCGGGAUCAGCAUUCUGAUUCUUUGGUUAAUGAAUUGAACACUCACUUUGACAAGUGUCAGCAGCUUUUGAAUUCAAUUUCAAGCUCAAUUAACGCUAAAGCUAUGACAGUUGAGGGGCAAAAGCGAAAGCUGGAGGAAAGUGACCAAUUGCUAAACCAAAGGAGGGAGCUAAUUGGCAAGUAUAGAAAUUCUGUUGAAGAGCUUCUCAAGUCUGAGCCAUAA